AUGACUCCACUUGUGGAGCUCUUUUUAAAGACCUCGUCUUCGGAUGUCGGAGACCGAGGCUCCUGUCCACUGUCACAAAAGUGGUUCAUGGUAUUUUACCUGCUGGUGGAACGGCAUGCUGUCAGUCUGCGCAUUAUUCCCGUAUGUCCGGCGAAUCCGCCCAGCAUCUACUCCGAGCUAGUUACCGACAGGCGUCUUCCCGCCGUGGCCAUCUACGAUGAACACGAUGAAGGGAAGAUCACAACGAUGCCAACUGCCGUCUACGCUGGCAACGAUGAACUGGAGGACCUGAUGCGUCAACGAUUCAGCGUGUACGUCAACGUCGACACCGAGGUGCAGUGGGCAGCCGCUGUCCUCUCGAUAUCUGAUUAA